GGGAGAAGACAAAACGGCGCAAAAUAAAUACAGUUUUCGCAGUCAAUAUCAAGAGUUUUCCCUGUAAAUUUAAUAAGACCACUUUCUAGCACACAAUGAGCUACGCCGCAGACGUCCUGAAUGCUGCCCAUCUGGAGCUUCACGGUGGUGGCGACGCAGAACUGCGCCGCCCCUUUGAUCCGACCGCUCACGACUUGGAUGCCUCUUUCCGUCUGACACGUUUCGCUGAUCUGAAGGGACGUGGCUGCAAGGUGCCCCAGGAUGUACUCUCGAAACUGGUGUCGGCUCUGCAGCAGGACUACUCAGCACAGGACCAGGAGCCGCAGUUCCUAAACGUGGCGAUUCCACGAAUCGGCAUUGGCCUGGAUUGCUCUGUCAUUCCUCUUCGCCAUGGCGGACUUUGCCUGGUGCAGACCACCGACUUCUUCUAUCCGAUUGUCGACGAUCCAUAUAUGAUGGGCAAAAUAGCCUGUGCCAACGUGCUCAGUGAUCUGUACGCCAUGGGCGUAACCGAUUGCGACAACAUGCUGAUGCUGCUGGCCGUGAGCACAAAGAUGACGGAGAAGGAGCGCGAUGUGGUCAUCCCUCUGAUAAUGCGUGGCUUCAAGGAUUCCGCAUUGGAGGCCGGCACCACGGUUACUGGGGGCCAGAGCGUGGUCAAUCCCUGGUGCACCAUUGGCGGCGUGGCCUCCACCAUCUGCCAGCCGAACGAGUAUAUUGUACCGGACAACGCUGUCGUUGGAGAUGUUCUGGUGUUGACCAAGCCCCUGGGCACCCAGGUGGCCGUCAAUGCUCACCAGUGGAUAGACCAGGCGGAGCGCUGGAACCGCAUCAAGCUGGUCGUAUCCGAGGAAGAUGUGCGCAAGGCCUACCACAGGGCCAUGAACUCGAUGUCGCGCCUAAACCGUGUGGCAGCUCGGCUCAUGCACAAGUACAACGCCCACGGGGCCACCGACAUAACAGGCUUCGGUCUGCUGGGCCAUGCUCAGACUUUGGCGGCUCACCAAAAGAAGGACGUCUCCUUCGUUAUUCAUAAUCUUCCAGUGAUCGCAAAAAUGGCGGCCGUUGCCAAGGCCUGUGGCAAUAUGUUCCAGCUGCUGCAGGGCCAUUCUGCCGAGACUUCCGGAGGUCUGCUGAUCUGCUUGCCGCGCGAACAGGCCGCCGCCUACUGCAAGGACAUUGAGAAGCAGGAAGGCUACCAGGCCUGGAUCAUUGGCAUUGUCGAGAAGGGCAACAAGACUGCCCGCAUCAUCGACAAGCCCCGCGUCAUCGAGGUGCCUGCCAAGGAUUAGAUGUUUACUUUUUACUUGUAUAUGUAUGGUAUCUUAACGUAGCUGCCCCUCAGUUGUAAGGGUCUUUGUUUUUAUGGAAAAGCUUACAGAUUUAAUGGACUUCGCAUACCGAAAUACGACUGUAUAAAAUAAAAUACUUGAUAAUCGUAUCGAGUAAAUGCAGCAAA